GGGGGUGUUUUGCUUCCAGUCGCUUGCCGUCCCUUCCAGAUUUGGUCGGCAGAAAGCUUCUGGUUCUUACCUCCUCUUUCCCUCUCCCUUUCCCUUUCCCGACCCCGAUCCUCCCACCCUUCUUCCCUCUGUCCGCCUCCCCGGGUCCGGGCCAUUUUCCGGAACUGGCGCACUAAGGUGCGCGGCCCCGGGGCCCAGUAUAUGAUCCGCCGACCUACUACCCCUCGCUCCCCCCGCCCCAUGUGGCUACGGGGCCGCGCCGGCGCUGCCCACUAUGGCCCGGAAAGCAGUUAGCAGGAAGCGGAAAGCGCCCGCCUCGCCGGGAGCUGGGAGCGACGCGCAGGGCCCGCAGUUUGGCUGGAAUCACUCACUUCAAAAAAGGAAAAAACUCCCCCCAGUGAAGAGAUCCUUAGUGUACUACCUGAAGAACCGAGAAGUCAGGCUACAGAAUGAAACCACCUACUCUCGAGUGUUGCGUUGUUAUGCAGCACAGCAACUUCCCAGUCUCCUGAAGGAGAGAGAGUUUCACCUUGGGACCCUUAAUAAAGUGUUUGCAUCUCAGUGGCUGAAUCAUAGGCAAGUGGUGUGUGGCACAAAAUGCAACACGCUAUUUGUAGUGGAUGUCCAGACAAGUCAGAUUACCAAGAUCCCCAUUCUGAAGGACCGGGAGCCUGGAGGUGUGACCCAGCAGGGCUGUGGUAUCCAUGCCAUUGAGCUGAAUCCCUCUAGAACACUCUUAGCCACUGGAGGAGACAACCCCAACAGUCUUGCCAUCUACCGGCUGCCUACACUAGAUCCUGUGUGUGUGGGAGAUGAUGGACACAAGGACUGGAUCUUUUCCAUUGCAUGGAUCAGUGACACUAUGGCAGUUUCUGGCUCACGUGAUGGCUCUAUGGGACUUUGGGAGGUUACAGACGAUGUGUUGACCAAAAGUGAUGCAAGGCACAACAUGUCACGGGUCCCUGUGUAUGCUCACAUCACUCACAAGGCCUUAAAGGACAUCCCCAAGGAGGACACAAACCCUGACAACUGCAAGGUCCGAGCUCUAGCCUUCAACAACAAGAACAAGGAAUUGGGAGCAGUAUCUCUGGAUGGCUACUUUCAUCUCUGGAAGGCUGAAAAUACACUGUCUAAGCUCCUUUCCACCAAACUGCCGUAUUGCCGUGAGAAUGUGUGCCUGGCCUAUGGUAGUGAAUGGUCAGUAUAUGCAGUGGGCUCCCAAGCUCAUGUCUCCUUCUUGGAUCCACGACAGCCAUCAUACAACGUCAAGUCUGUUUGUUCCAGGGAGCGAGGCAGUGGGAUCCGGUCUGUGAGCUUCUAUGAACACAUCAUCACUGUGGGCACAGGGCAGGGCUCUCUGCUGUUCUAUGACAUCCGAGCUCAGAGAUUCCUGGAAGAGAAGCUCUCAGCUUGUUACGGGUCUAAGCCCAGACUAGCAGGGGAGAAUCUGAAACUAACCACUGGCAAAGGCUGGCUGAAUCAUGACGAAACCUGGAGGAAUUACUUUUCGGACAUUGAUUUCUUCCCCAAUGCUGUUUAUACCCACUGCUACGACUUGUCCGGAACGAAACUCUUUGUGGCAGGAGGUCCCCUCCCUUCAGGGCUUCAUGGAAACUAUGCUGGGCUCUGGAGUUAAUGACAACUCUCUCCCAAAAUGCAGAGAUUUACACUAACUUCCAUCCUCAUUUUCCUUGUUUCUUAUUUUGAUUUUUUUUUCCAAUUGUAUGAGGCCCUUAUAUUUUAGUGGGAACAUCAGAGUUUGUGUAUGGUUUAGGCACUUGACAGGAAGAAGCUCUGUAUAGAAAUCUGGAGGGUUUUGGUUUUUUAUUCUUUUUUUCCUUUUAGUAAUCAGAAUUUUACUUUCCUGUCUUCUUUCUUUCUGGCUUCUCAAUCAAACAUUGGUAAUUCGUAUUUGUAUUUUUUUUUCUUUAGGUGACACACACUCUCCCCUCUCUGGCUUCUUUAGGCUGACAUAGUCAUUCUCAUCCUUACUUCAUUCUUGAGAGGUGGGGCUCCUUUAUAAUUACAUGGUUGCUGUCAGACUUUCUGUGAAAGUUUGGGGGCUGUGUGUGUGUGUGUGUGUGUGAGAGAGAGAGAGAGAGAAUGUGUGUGCCUGCAAGUACUGUAUGUCACUGAAAUUACCUGGAGUAAGGAGUACUUGUAAUUAAAAUAUUUAUAAAAUACAGCUUUAUUCACAGAGUCCAACUUUGGGACUAGUCUUUACCUUGUUUUUUAAAGUGUAACAACACUGAUUAUAGGAAGUAAAACAGAAAGGAAAACAAUCACCACCAGGAAAACCCUUUGGAGUUAGAUUGCAGGUUUCCUGGGGACUCUCAUACCAGGAUGCCAGAGACCUGUCCUCUACCUGUCUUCUCAUCUGUAUGUGCCCCAGGGGAGAAUACUUCUGUAUAUGUGUCACUUCUACUUCCCAUCUGCUUAGCCAGUGGCCUAAGACAUCAGGGUCUCCAUCCAGAUGCAGCUCCAGGGGCUGCAGAAGGUGUGGUAGGACUUGGUAAAGAGAAUCCUCAUUUCCUCCCCUCAAACAAGACCUGAUCUGAUAUCUGAUGAGCCUGCAGCUGGGGGCCUCAAGUCUGCUAAGAAUUACAUACUCAGUCCCUUGGCUUUGGGAAGACACUUUUUUGCCAUUUUUCUAAUCUCCCCAAUUGGUUUUGCUUUUCUUUUUGUUGGUUUCAGUCCAGGAGGGUGGGAGUUACCAGGGAGUUUAUCUUUGUGUAGUGAGUAUUUCAUGUGUGGAAUGUUCAUUUUCUUCAUACAGUGGGGCUGAAGUUGAAACCUCCUCUCCCGCUCUGUUGGCUCAGCCCUGGGAUGGUGUUGGGUCACCUAUAGCCAGCAACGUUGUGCAUGUAAAAGCAUUGAUGUGAUUAGCAAUUUGUUCCUCCUUAAACUGUCUGUUUAGUCCAAGGUUUUGAAACUUGCAGGCAACUGACCAUGAUGUCCAGUUAUUCCUUGCUUUCUUUACACAUACGCAUCCUGUUGCACAUAGCAGCUGUUCCCACCCGCAGAUUCCUCCUUCAUUCUAAGCACAUACUCUACUUCUGUCAACAGCCCAGCCUGGGGAAAGGAAAAGUAUAUUCAUUCCUGCACUCCAGUUUCUCAGUUGCUCUCCCAGUUAUACCCCCUGCUCUGGUGUAAGUGGGGAGACUGAAAAAGAGUAUCUUCUUGGUGAUGGGGGCUAGUGGAAAGGGGGCAAUAACAAGUCCACCCUAACUUGGUGGUACAAGGCAUACACCACAGGUUCUAAAAUUCUCAUCUAACCUAGAGAAAUGGGUGCUAUAAACGGAGUUAAGCAAAAUGCUGGAUGCUAUAGAUCUUUUAAUUGUCUUAAUUUUUUUCUAUUAUUAAACUACAGGCUGUAGAUUUCUUAGUUCUCACAGAACUUCUAUCAUUUUAAACUGACUUGUGUAUUAAAAAAAAAAAAACCUUAAGUAGGAUGUUUUGUACUGUUGCCAGAUCCUCUUCUGGGAUAGGUUAUGCAUUUGAUUGUUUGAGAUUUUUGUUUUCAAAAAUGUAGCACUUGACUUUUUGCCAAGUAAAAAAAUAAAUAUUAUUCCAGUG